AUGUUCAGCAGCGCAACGGAAGCGCUGAAUUCUGGACCUGUUAUGACUGCUCCGCUGCCGGCGGUGACGGCUGUGUCGCCUCAACCACCACCGGCCAACAAUAAUGUGGACUAUUUGUUUGGAUUGGAGAAAGGGGUUGGGAUGGCGCCUCAGCUGCUGCAGAAGGUUGAGGUAGACAAUUGUUUUAAAGAAAGGUCGAUAGGGCCAGAUCCAAUUCAGCAGCACAUUCAGGAUCUAAUCAGGCUGAGAACGGAGGAGCAGCAAGGAGUUUAUAGAAGAAGAAAUGAUGAAAAUCUCGCCGGAGGAUUUGUCGGAGGUGAUUAUUACAAGGUACCGGAGAAAUUACUUCCUGUUUUCGUUCCUAGAGGUCCUCCUGGAUACUGGUAG